AAAACCUCUCCUGGAUGUUCAGCCAUCUUAUGAGGUACACACACGCACACCAUGAGCGCACGCUAUCCUAGUCGUGGCGGAGAGUCGUCGCGAUACCAAGAUGAUGUUUACCUAGCAUACUUCAAAGACGGCGAACCCUCGUGGGUGCACUCAAAGGUCCUCGAGUCUUACCCCCACCUCGCGAAACGGGUUUCUGGGGAUCCAGAUGACCAAUGGCCUUUUCAUGUGAACUUCAAAGAAUUCGAUCACAAUGUCGGGUAUGCUAUCAUCCACUUUCUGUACACAGGCACGUACAGAAGCUACAAGGCUGUUGGUCAAGAUUCGGCACAAAAGUACCAAUGUGAGCUUGCCGAAGGCCUUCAGGUCUACAUUGCCGGGUCGUCUCUUGAGCUAUUGAAACUGAAAGUCCAUGCGGAGAUAGAGAUCAAAUGUUUGUGCGAAAACAUGAGCCUGCAAAACAUCUUUGAAGUUAUUGAUGAUCUGAGGAUUGGCCUUGACCAAGUCCCCACACUGGAAGAGUAUCUACAGGAUCGCAUGGCAGAGGCAAAGUUUGGUGCACCAGGAGAUACGACACAAGACGUUGUACGCGACCUUGAGUCCGCCAACACAAUUAGCACACUUGCUCUCAAGACUCUGGCAUUGCAACACCAAUGCAAGAUGGAUGAGGAUAAAAAGAAAAAGAGUGCACAAGAAGCACUCCAAACGGGUGCCAACUCGGCCCUGCGGUUUAUAGAAUGUGAAUUGGAGUUCUUGUUGGUGAAGAAGGCAAAACAAGGAGGAAGGCUGUUCAAGUCUGAACGAAUGCGUCUCAACUCCCUUGAAGCGGAUAUACUGAGAAUUCGCGAUCGAGUUCAAGGCAAACAUCUCUCCGGCAAUGUGGAAGAUCCUGACACCUCCGCGAAAGGAGAUGCCUCGAUCGAAGUAGCCAGCCAGAACCGAGGCGAGAAGGCAAAGACAUUGAAAAAAAAACCCGCUGGUACUCCUGGGAACAAGCAGAAACUAAAUACACGUGGACUUCAAUUCGACCAUACUGGUGCGACAUGGUUGGGCCGCAAAGCAAAUCUUAACCACGUUCAUGUCGAUGACUUGGAAUCAUUCGAAGACGAUAUUUCUACGUUGUCAGACUCGAUUCCAUGGAUGACACCGGCUACAAACGACAGCUCAUGCGAUGCGUGGUAGAGUGGGUUUAUCGAGGCAUGAUGGAGAUGGUUUGACUUUUCGGCCUUUCAACAAAUCGUAACGGGAUCUAGUUUUUUUUAUCUGCCAAGUUGCGUAAUUCCUGUUUAAUUUCGGGUUAUCUUUUUCAGAA